AUGUUCUCCAAGGUCCUGUCCACCACGGCCGUGGUUCUAGCUGCCACCAACCUGGCCUCCGCCCAGACCUUCAGCUCAUGCAACCCCCUGGAGAAGACUGGCUGCCCUGACGAGCCUGCUGUGGGCAGGGAGAACACCAAGACCAUCGACUUCACCAAGGGCGAGAGCGACUUUUUUACAGCCGCCCAGGCAACCACCAUUGACUACACCACCGACGGCGCUGUCUUCACCAUCAACACUGAGACCGAGGCCCCCACUAUCCAGAGUUCCGACUACAUCUUCUUCGGCAAGAUUGACCUCACCGUCAUCGCUGCCAAGGGGCAGGGUGUCGUCACCAGCUUCGUUCUGCAGUCGGCCGACCUGGACGAGAUUGACUGGGAGUGGCUCGGCGGCGAUGUCACUCAGGUGCAGUCUAACUACUUUGGCAAGGGGAACACCACCACCUACGACCGAGGCGCAUACCACAGCGUCAACGCCCCCCAGACCGAGGAACACACCUACACCAUCGAUUGGACCAAGGACUAUGUCCACUGGUAUGUCGACGGCACCCAGGUCCGCGAGCUGCUGUACGCCGAUGCCGUGGAUGGCAAGAAUUUCCCCCAGACUCCCUGCCAGAUCAAGCUUGGUACCUGGGUCGCCGGCAGCUCCACUGCUGCCCCUGGCACCGUGGAGUGGGCUGGUGGUUUGACCGACUUCUCCCAGGCACCUUUCAAGGCUUACUACAAGUCCAUCACCAUCCAAGACUACAGCAAUAAUGUCGCCGGUGCCAAGAGCUACUCCUGGCCCGCUGGUUCCGACGGUUCGUACGGUAGCAUCGACGUCCUCACCACGGACGGCAAGACGAGCAGCAGUGAGGAGGUUAACUCCAUCACGACCAAGUCCAUCCCAACCUCGACUGCGUCUGGCCCAUCGUCAACUGGAAGCUCGGGUUCUUUGGAAUCUUCCUCGGACUCUUCCUCGGACGCUUCCUCCACCACCGCCACAGUGCCCACCACCAUGGUGACCGGCAUUACUCUGGCCACGGGCACCUCGAGUCCGGAUUCGGAAUCGGACUCUAACAACGCGGCCGCACAGACGGGAUCGUCGACUUCUAGUGGCUCGGUCUCCCAGAGCAGCAGCGGCUCAUCACCCACUUCCACGGUUGUCCAGGUGGCCGGUGCUCUGAAGACGGGCUUGAGCGGUGCCGUUCUGGGUGCUGGUCUCGCCGCAGCUCUUUUCCUGUAG